CUCGUAUACGUUUCCUUGUAUUUACGUCUUUCUACCGAGUAUUUAUGGCUGCAUAGAAUCAGUUUCCUCCUUCCUAUUAACAUUCAUUCACGAUCAGCCAUCCAAAAUGCCUAUCAUAAAAGCCGCAAUACCACCAAAGAAAACAAUGCUUCCCCCAGGCGUCUACACACCUGUCAUUUCCCUCUACAAGCCCACAAAAACCCAAGAGCUAGAUCUAGACGCCAUGUACAAGCACUGUCAGUACCUCGUCCGCGGCGGGCAGCACGGCCUCGUCUACCAAGGCACGAACGGCGAGGCGGCGUUGCUGGACCGGGAAGAGAAGAAGGACGUCCUGAGAACGGUGCGGCGGGCGGUUACCGACCUCGGUGUUCCGGAUUACCCCAUUGUAGCCGGUAUUUCCGGCCAGAGCACGAAUGAGAGCAUACAGUUGGCCAAGGAUGCUGCGAUAGCUGGCGCGAGUUUUGGACUCCUGCUCCCGCCGAGCUAUUGGGCGAAGGCUAUGAGCGAGGAGGCUUUGCUAGGGUUCUAUAGGGAUGUGGCCGACGAGUCGCCCAUACCCGUUGUUAUAUAUAACUUCCCGGGCGUAACCUCGGGCAUCGAUCUUAACAGCGACGACCUCACUACCCUCGCCUCGCACCCCAAUAUCGUCGCCGUAAAACUAACCUGCGGAAAUAUCGGUAAAGCUAUCCGCAUAACCUCGCACUUCACUCCCGUCCAAUUCUCCGUCUACGGCGGCUCCUCCGACUUCCUCUUCCCCACGCUGGAAGCCGGCGGCGUGGGCUGCGUGACCGGCAUGGGGAACGUGUUCCCGCGUGCGACGGCCCGCGUGUACGACCUCUGGAUGGAGGGGAAGAAGGACGAGGCGAGGAGGCUGCAGGAUGUGGUUGCGAAUGCGGAGUGGGCCUGUAAGAAAAGCCUGGCCUUUACGAAGUUUGCAGCUUGGUCUUUUGUGGGAGGGAAGUUAGGGCUGGAGGAUGAAAGGGCUUUUUGGCCGAGGCGGCCCUACUUGCCGGCCGGGGAGAAGAUGAAGAAGUGGACGGUGGAGGUUAUGGGGGUGCUGGAGGAGGAGGAGGGGAGGAUUCCGGAGAGGGUGUUUGGAGGGGUGUAG